AUGACUGGAGAUGGCGAAGGUGGCCCGUGGCAGCCAACUUGUAGCCACCAACAGGAUUCAGAUCAGAUCAUGCAGCAUGCAGAGCGAUAGCACAUAUGAAGAAUCAGUUCCAGAAUAGGUUUCUUGUGAUAUUUCCAGCAAAACUUUCAAUUAUUUAAUUGUUUUAAACAAGUUUUAACUUCAUUUGUCAGUUGAAUGCGCCAAGUUCGUCUCCAAAAAGUGAAAUCUCACUUACAGCCUCUCGCCGUAAAUCUGAAGGACGUCGGUGCUGUUUGUCUCCGUGUCGUUCAUCCUGCUGAUGGUCAUCUCGCUCGCCUGGCUGCUUUUCUACUACGUGCAGCGAUUCCGCUACAUCCACGCCCGAGAUCAACUCACGAAGCGACUGGUGUGCGCCGCCAAGAAGGCCGUGUGCCGCAUCCCGGUGCGGAUACUGAAGGCCGACGACGCCCAGCUGGCGGAGGGAGAGUGCUGUGCCGUCUGUCUGGAGCCGUACCGCGUCUCCGACCACCUGCGGGCGCUUCCGUGCAGUCACGAAUUCCACAAGCAAUGCGUGGAUCCUUGGCUGCUGAAGAACAGAACAUGCCCAAUGUGCAAAAUGGAUAUACUGAAGUACUUCGGGCUGAGCUCGGUCAGUGAGGAGAGUAUCGUCCACCUGGAGCUGGAGGGCGUCUCCGUGGCGCAGAGGCGCGGCUCCCCUCUCUCGCCGGUGCUGUACGUCAGCAGCCAGCCGGCCGGGGCGGUGCCGGGGACCCGGUCCCGUACCGUCAGCCGCGCCAGCCUCCAGAGCAUGUCUCUGGUGAUGCCCAGCCCAGCCUGUGUGGAGAGCCUGCACGGCCACGGACCCACAGCAGCCCGGUGUCGGCGGGUGUCGGCCGCGCUGGCGGCCGGACGGCGUCAGGAGCCGCCGCGCCGAGCCUCGGCACCGACCCAGUCCCCCGGUGGCGGAGGGGGCCGAGAGGCCCUGGCCCGGUCUCUGAGCACCCCCACCGGCCCGGCGGCGGGCACGGUUGGAGUCGGGUCACUGGUGACCAACGCCUAUGAAGUCAUUGCUCUUCCAUGCUCAUCGGGUCCCAUUGAAACGGCCAUGCGUCGCCGCUGCCAGCGUCUGGGCAGAGCUGACACCAGCCACACCCCUCAGGACAGCUCUGAGAGCUUCGAGACGACUGUCCUGGAUCAGCCGGCCGCUGCCGCCGCCAGCCCGGUCCCCGUGAACCAACAGCAUGACCAGCCACCGACCGAGGCGACACCUGCCGACUGCGAUACUAGCGCCUCUAGUGAAGAACCGCAGCAGCACGCUGAUGUUGUUUGUCAUGUUGAAGAGGCUCUGAAUGAUGAAAAAGUUGACUGAACGGUGAACGCAGUGAACAUUAAGGAAGGAAUGAAAAUCUUAGAAAAGAAGUUCAACAGACUCUUGCGCUAGAGUUUGGGCUACUGGUCGCCGAGACUUCCUUUGUAAGAAGGUCUGUGUUGACAACAGCUCAACCAUAGCAGGUAGCCUCUCAUGGGAUAACGGCGAUGAGGAUACGACUACAGUCCUACCGCUAGUCCGGUAGGACUAUAGUUCUGAGACUAGUGAGUGCCUAUAUAUAGGUACUCGUAAUUCGUCACAGUGACCGAAAUUAUUUAUGUUUGCCGUGAGGAAAGCGUACUACGGCCAGUGUCAUAAAUCAUAAUGCAUCACUACGAUCGUAAUAUUUAUAUUUUGAGCUGUUAGGCGUUUCCUUGUUGAACUAUAACAUGUAACAUAAAUAACAUGUUACUUUCAAAUUCAUUAAUCAUUAGGUGAUGCCCAUUUCAUCUAUAAGUUAGUAUGUAUGACGUCUCUGUAAGGAGAUUGGUUGCAGCUGGAGAAUGCUGAAUGGAUCAUGUGUUCAUUGUAUUUCAGUGCCAUGUUAUGAUUGUGAUAUAAGCAAAUGUGGCCCGGUGCACGCUGGGUUCAAAUCAGUGGGAUGCAUAAAUUAAGAAUGCGUCUGUUCUCAGCGAGACUUUGGCUACAACUGGCAGAUUCUAUAACCAUCGAGGUUACGAAAUUAUGUGAUGAUUGAGAGUUCAGAAUCGGUCGAGGUAAUAUGUUGUAUCCAAGGCUGUAUGUUGUAUCCCACCAAAUGGUCGGAAUAUGAACGUAGAAGUGGCAUAAACGCUACGUGAACCUCAGUAAAUAAAAUCGGUAGAAGCGUGA